CUCAGAACUAGCUGCCUCCCAUCGCUCUCCUCUCCCUCUGUUUUCGGAUCUUCUGCCCGUCUCUACCGGCUUCUCUGACAACUGUGACUUCCCAAUCCUCCACACCUGGUCCGGACAUCCUGUGGGUGCGAUUGGCUUCCCGAAUCACCGGCUUCCGAUGCAUGCGAUGCAGUGGCCUCUCCCGCGAUGAUCAACACGCCUCGGUAAUCUCAGGACUCUGGGUGAUCGGAAAUAAAGUAGGACAAACUACAGACUAGCAGGAGGCCGUUUCACUGCGCUGGUCCCAGCUGGCCCUUUGUGCGCGAUCAGUUCGUCUGAGUGGAUCCCUCUGUUGUCUCUUUCACUUCGGCCCCGGGUCGACGCGAGCUCCUAGGCCUUCCUCUGUUCUCACUGGCAGCUUUGCUUUCUUCCAAGUUUGCUGGGGAUAGUAGAGUCUCACACAGCUCGCCACCCAAGACUCAAACCUCCAAGUUCAUCGCUUCCGCUUCCACCUGUCCCCGAUGGCGUCUUCCGCAGCCCAUCCUUCUGAACUCCCGCCGGUUCCUGCCCCGUCGAACUCCGUCCUCCUUGCAACCCAGGCGCAUUGGAUAUUUACCGAUGAGGAGCUUACACGGACGCCAUCGCAGCUAGAUGGCAUGGCUCUGGAGGCCGAGCAUAUGAGCCGCAGCAAAGGUGUCAACUUUAUUAACCAGGUAGGAAUUAUGCUGAAGCUACCGCAACUUACGCUCGCAACGGCCGCCGUUUAUUUGCACCGAUUCUAUAUGCGACACAGUAUGGUCGACUUACCUCAACGACCGGGCAUACAUCCUUACACGACAGCCGCGGCGGCUCUGUUUCUAGCUACAAAGGUGGAGGAGAACGUACGGCGGAUGAAAGAGUUGGUGGUAGCAUGCUGCCGGGUGGGACAGAAGCAGCCGAACAUGGUGGUGGAUGAACAAUCUAAGGAAUUUUGGCGCUGGCGCGAUACUAUUCUGGUGCACGAAGAUGUUCUAUUGGAAGCGCUGUGUUUCGAUCUGCAGCUCGAGCAACCGUAUCGCAUCCUCUAUGACUUCAUCUGCUUCUUCCGCAUGCAAGACAACAAGCCGCUCCGUAACGUCGCAUGGGCCUUCGUCAAUGAUUCCGGAUACACGGUGCUGUGCCUGCAGUUUACCGCCCGCAUCAUUGCGGCCGCCGCACUAUACGCGGCGGCCCAGCACUGUGACAUUGGUUUUGAAGACGAUGUGCUGGGCCGGCCGUGGUGGGAACAGCUUGAGGUGGACUUGACCCAGGUGCGUCGCGCGUGUAUGCGCAUGGCAAAGCUGUAUGAGAACAACGCCGCGCAUCGAAACGGCCUGUACUACUUGACCAACCCCAUCAGCACAGACGAGGGUACUGAGAAGACCAGGAUCCCGCGCGUGGAUGGCCCGGCGGACAACACGACACGUCCGAUCGAUUCCGGGCAUGAGGCAGACGCUGUCAACGGUCGGAAGCGCUCGCGGGAACCCGAUGAUGAAACGAAGCCCCCACGCCCUUUGGCCGACUCGAUACCCCCGUCAGAGGCAGGGCCAGCGACGCAGAACGGGGCCCCAUCCCCAAAACGACCCCGGAGGGACUCGGUAGGAGCAUCGGCUGACCGAGUCCCGUCAACUCGUAUUCCCAAGGCGCCCCUCCCCAGCGGCGGGCCGGCCUUCUCCCACGACCGCCCUUCUGCGAACGGGCACCCCCCUUCAGCACAUCAUUCGCACCCAUACCCUGCGACCAGACACCCGCAUCCCUUACCACCGCCUCCCCGGCCUCACCCUCGACGGGACAGCGGCAGCCGCCCCGGGGGUGGACCUCCGGGGCUACCUGUCGAUCCGAUUCAGCAACGGAUUGACGAGAUCGUGCAACAGAACAUGCCCACCCAGGGCGGUGGGCCCGGCAGGGCGGAGCGACGGCCUCAGGAACGGCAUCGGGGCGAUUGGGAUGCCGAGGCCGACUCGGGGCGACGACGACGACCGUCCAUGUCCACAGGAGGCCAGCCACUGUCGCAGGAGGAUGCGCAUCCACAUCCACCACCUCAGCAACUCCCGCCGCCGCCGCCACCUCCGGAAGAGGAACCAUGUCCGCCGUCGCAACCCGAGCCGCCUCAGGCCCCGGAACCGGAGGACGAGGGAGGUGGCAGCGAGGAGGGUGAGCUAUGAUGGUUUCACCUUUGAAUGAGGAGACGAACGAGCCCAUUCAUGAAAGAUGGGGCCUGACACCUACAUACAUAUUUAUUUCGGUCGGGGGCGUCGGAAAAUACACCCGACACAUUCCUCAUUCUCCUCCGAUAGGGAUUGGAAGGCUGAGCGAAUCUGCAAGGGCACGGAACACCACCCCCCACACAGAGUGAGAGAGACACGUACAGAGACACAGAGAGACAAGGGGACGAAGAUGAAAUAAACUCUUGGCAAAGAUGGGGAAGGACAAGGGGGAAGAUUGAGCCCCAGGGAAACCGCCAGAUCUGUAGUUAAUCUAUAUCUUCUACCGUUGAAUUUAGAGCGAU